CCGUGAAAAAAUUAUCGUGAUUUUAAUGUAAAUUCAUUAAAAAUCUUAUAAUUUCUACGAAUUAAUUUAAAAAUAACUAGUCCUAUAUAUUUAUAUUAUUAAACUGAGUGUUUAAAUGGAAAUAACUUAACGUGUGGUGUUCUUGUAAUAAUAUAAUGCCUCAGGGCAAAUACCUUUUAUCUUUAAUCCCCUUUAUUUUGUUAAGCAUCGCGAUUCAAUAAUAUGACGUGUAAAAGAGCAAUUUAAGGACAUUGUCUUGAAAACAUACAAAAGAAAAUGGCAGAGCCAAUGCCUAUCUACCCGCCUGGGGUUUCCUUUGACCAGAAAUAUGCAGAGCAUUACGAACAAGCCCUCAAAAUGGAAGAACAACAAUAUAUACAAGAUCCAAAAAGUUACAACCCGAAACCCUUUGAAGCACUGCCAGAACCAUCUCAGGUUGAACCAAAACUUGAGCCUGAACCAGGUAAACCUAUUCGCUUUAUUAGCGUCAAUAGUUCACAACUUACAGAUGAGCAGAGGGCUAUGUAUGAAUCCGUACUAUCCACUUGGAAACCAGUAAUGUUUCCCAAACAAGUCAAACGGUACAUAUGUGAGAAGUGUAACAAAGAAUUUAAAAAUUACCAAAAUUUAUACCUCCAUACGACUCGUGUACAUUCGACCGAAGAGUCAGCUGUUCUGUGCAACAUAUGCGACAAGUCGUUUAAGAAUAAGCAUUAUCUAUACAUGCAUAGAAUGAAUAAACAUUAUUCGGAGUCUGAGAAGUGUUUCUGCCAGUUUUGUUUGCAAGAAUUCCGGACGCGGCGAGCUUUGCACAUGCACGUCAAGAGAUUCCACCCAAACACUCUACCUGAGUUGAAAUGCCCUGAGUGUGGGAAGGAAUUCCGUGUACCCUACAAACUGCGAUAUCACAUUGACGCCUGUCACAGACCAGAUAACGAAAAGUACAAAUGCCACAUCUGUCAAAAAUUAUAUAAAAGUCACUUAAAUUUAAAUCGGCACUUGCACUUCCAACAUUCUCAAGUGCCUCGGCAUCCUUGCGUGUUUUGCGACAUGACAUUUAAAUCUAGACAUCAUAUGAAACGUCACAUUCUUAAUAUACACCCUCCUUUGGAAUCCAAAGUGCAAUGUCCAGAAUGUUUGAAAGAAUUUAAAAAUGACCAAUAUUUAAAGGAACACAUGCAAGUACAUUCGUCUUUAGAUUCGAAGGUCAAGUGUGAUUUGUGCGAUAAAUUCUUUCAUUCUGCUAUUCGUUUGAAGAAACAUAAGAAAAUUGUGCACCCCGAUAAGCCAAAGCUUCGCUGUGAGAAGUGUGAUAAGGAGUUUGCCCAUGCACAUUACUUAAGACGACACCAUAACUCUGUGCAUAUGGAUGUCGACGAAAGUCAAUAUGAACACGAAUGUGACCAGUGCGGAAAGAAAUUUAAAAUAAAGAGAUACCUAAAUAAUCACCUGCAAAGACAUGAGCAGCAGCAUUUGAAAAGGAUUUCUCAAAUGGUCAAAACGGUCAUGGACGACGGGACGGAGAAGAAAGCGACAAAGAGAGGUAGGCCUAAAAGGACGAGAAAAGAGAUAGAGUUUGUGAAAUGCGAGCCGGUAAGCUCGGAAGAAGAGACUGGGAGUGAGGAUUCGGAAUCGGAAUAGUUUUAGUUUCAGGAAAAAGAGUGUAAGUUGGUGAUUUUCAAAAGUUGUAGACAAUUGAAGAUACUCGGAAACAUUUUAUGAAACCAACGCUUUUGCGUUAGAGCCACAAAAGCUUUUCUAAAAAGCAUUCUUUUUCCUCUAUUAGUCUAUUACUUAUAUACUUACCACUUAUUUUAAAAAAGAGAAUCUAUUCUGAUUUGUUGAAUAAUUCUGUAUUUAAAAACAUUCACUUGCAAUGACAUUAUACUAGAAGGUAGAUUUUCGCAACUUCAUAUUUAUUCAACCUGAAUAAAUUGUAAAUUUCUAUAUCAAGUAACACCUCUGAGUUCAGCUCUUUCUCUAUGGUACAGAAAUAAUUUCUUUUUUAAUAGUGUAAUUUAUUAGUGUUAUCUUUAGUAAAGAAAUUUCGAUUUUAUUAUGGGGCAGUAGGGAGAAAAGACUUAAUUGUUAAAUUUAACUUGCAAGACGCUGUGAUGAUUUUAAAAACAUGUAAAUUUUUUUACUGAGAAACGCAAUUUACUAGAAAGAGACAGAUGUCAUCACUCGCCGUAAAUAGAAGAAUUAACGAUUUUCUAUAAAGCCCUUACGCGCCCCUAUUUACCUAUAUAUAGGCUGUUAAUAAAUAUUUCAUAGAAUUUAAUUAUGAAUUAGAUAUUUAUAUAUUAAGUUGCCAUUAUGUUUAAUGUUGAUAUGUAUAUUUUAUUUUUUUUGUAAAAUUUAUUACUAAAUUAAGGUAAGAGGUUUUUAUUGAAAGCCGAUUUAUGUAUACGUUGGGUGAAGAGUAUAAAUAAAUAGCCUUAAAGUUGGAUGUGUAACAAAAACUCUACAUUCCAAAUUCAGGUACAUUAAAUAGUUAUGAAUAUAGGACUUAAAGGAUAAUCAACUACAAAACUAUUAUCCAGAUGUUUAACGUAUUUAUAAGUUAGUAUAACCACAAGAUGUCGGUAUGAAAAACGUACCCAAAGACUAGAAGGAAGGGCGUGUCAGUGUCUGUGCGUGAUGUCUUCUCAGCUUGUCUAUGGCGGGUCAACUUUUUUGGCGCGUAUUUGUGGUUAUCCCUGAUACGUCGUAAACAACUUAUAUUUGAACCGUACAAAAUUUAGCUAGAAACUUUAAAUGGUUUCAUUAUAUUAUAGUUUUAAGUCAAAAUUGUUUUUUUAUUUAUUUAUUUACUAGACAAACAAAUGGAGUUUUUGUUACACACAAAGAUUUUUUAAAGUGAUUUCGCUUAUAAUUUCUGUAUGUAUAUUAAAAUUUUCAUUGUUACGAAUUUUAAUUCAGUGUAAAUAUUUUAAGCCCCCCAAAACGAAUGUCAAUAGUCUUAAGCACUGUCAAACGCCAAAUUGACAGAACUUGAAACUAUUUCGACAUUGAUGCAUAUUCUAUUACACUUUUUAGGAGUUACCAUGAGCCAAGAAUAAUUUUCUUUCUUGUUUAUUUUCGAAUCAAAUGCAUUAUAUUUAUAUUUUAUAUAUAUCAUAUAAUAUUUCGUAUGUUUGAACUUUGAAUGGUCUAAUUAAAUUAAAUAAAAUACUAUAUUUUUAUCAGAGUCUAUGGUGCUCGAUUCUAUUUUUUAUGCUAACACUAAUUAUUCAUGGUAUCUCCCUAGUAUUGUACACAUAGUUUAAUAUAAUAAAAUAAUCACUGCAAUGUAAGGCUAACUGCAUAUUGUACACAGAAUAUCCGAAUCGGCGCGUCAUUUAAGAUUUGGCGUGGUUAAAGAAAGUUCGCGCAUGUACUUUUAGACACUUAGCAAUAAGUGACUCCAAUACGACGGGACUCAGACUCAUCGUUAAGUCUCAUUUCUGAAUCUUACCCUUUGUCUCGACCCAAUAUUCACUUAAAACCAGAUUUAUUGUAGAGCACCGCUGUUCUGCAUUCGAGUAGAUUAUCAAACUUAGAGAUAUAUUAUAUUUCUCGUCAUUAUUUGUUUUAUAAGCUCUUAAAAAGCAUACAAAGUGCAGUCGGCCUAAACAUUUUACCUAGGUUGCUUUUGCAAUGUCAAUCUUAAAGAAAUAAUUAAUUUUAAUAGAAAUUACAACAUAAAAUUAAUGUUGUUAAAUUUUUCAAUACCUUCUUUCACUGAGAAUCGCUAGUUAGAUGUAAGCUGGCUUGAUAUUGCAUAAGCAGCCCUAACAAAAAUUCCAUAGACGAGAGUGACGUGAUUAUUAUGUAUAGAAAUAAAAUAAUUAAGAAUCUAAUUAGCUGAAAGAUGUUUUUGUUACCAUGGUUACUGUUUUAUGGUAGAAUGACAGCUAUGGAACUAAUACGAUAUCUUAAACCCAUUUUUUAAGGGUUAUGUCUAUGGUAAGAAUUUUAUAUAGGUAUCGUUUCGUAACUUGGCAAAAUGUUGUGUAGAGUAUCAAACUACUAUCGUGUAGUAGAAAAAGAUCUAAUAAAUUCUUUACGCAUCCUACGAUACUCGCCAAGUUACGUUCCGGAACCAAUCAAGCUUUUAAAAUUAUACAUUUAAAUUGUUUUCUAAGGUAAGAGUUUCGUCGCUAGAUGGCAUUGUUCAUGGUUGGUGUAAAUAUAUUCUCGUUUAGUAAGUCUCCUUUAAAGUGUUUUGUAAAAACUAUUUAAUUCAUAGAAAUUUAUGCAGGCACAUCAUUCAAUAGAUCGUGGUUUUAAUACAAUAAUUGAUAACAGAGUUUUUUAUUGCCAAUUAAAAAAAUAUUCACGAUGUAUGCAUAAUGUCUUGUGCAAUAUAACACUAAUUUUUAAAUAUUAUGCAUUAUGUUUGUUAAUGUUUUAACUAAACCAAUUGGAAUAUGGAAUUAAUCCCUUAGGUUUCUUGGGUCUAAAAUAUAGAUUUACUUUCUUUUUAUACUUAGCAAUACUGUGUCACUUUUAUUUGUUACAUGAAGGACAGAUGAGCAGACGCAAUUUAUGAGAUUUUAAAACUGAACGUGAUUUUUAUUUAAAAAUCAUCCAGUUGCGAAAUAUGACUCUCGUAUGUCCAAUAUUUCUGACAUUAGGGGAUCAUUCUAAGCGAGACUGAAUCCCACAUGUUCGUGCAUUGAUGGUGACCCCGUUUUGGAAUACGAGCCUAAACGGGACAAUUGUCUAAGUUCCGAUUCACGAAUUUGAAUAAGGCUAAAAUUUCUAAAGUCUGUCUGUCGCUGUUGUGUUGUGUAACUAUUUAGUUAAGGUUUUCAAUUUUGUAAAUAAAGAGUUAUUAUUGUGCAAUUAUAUGGUUAAAUGAA